GCGCUGCCCGCGGGGCUCCGGCUGGUGGUCCAGCGCCCAGGCUUGCGCCGACCCGCAGUGGUUUCCAGGGCAUUCUCUCUCAGGACGGAAUCGUCUUGCUGCACAGACACGGUCCUCUGUUGGCGCUCGGUGCGAGCUUCAAGGAGAACCACAGAACACAGACUUGGGGUGACUGGAAAGGCGGGAUGCUCUGAGAUACCCCCUGGAGCGAGGGGCCCAGACCCUGCUUUGGGGUCUCCUGCCAGUCACUCGAAUUCUCAGAGGAAGCUGGGCUUGUCUGGCGCGUAUCCAGGUUGGAAGGUUUCAAAUGAAAGCCACAAUCACCUGGGAUUCUAGAAGUCUUUUAUCAAAGUUCUAGUGCAGACACAUUGGCUUUGUUGCCUUACAGCCAGCUGCGCAGACCGAGAUGUCAGAGUUCUAGCUCAACGGUUCCAAAAUUGCGAAGGUGGCAGCCUCGAUGGUUCCUUCUGUGUGGAGGAAUAUUAUCCUAUUAUGAUUCUCCUGAAGAUGCCUGGAAAGGUUGCAAAGGGAGCAUCCAAAUGGCAGUCUGUGAAAUUCAAGUUCAUUCUGUAGAUAAUACCCGCAUGGACCUCAUAAUCCCUGGGGAACAGUAUUUCUACCUAAAGGCCAGAAGUGUGGCUGAGAGACAGCGGUGGCUGGUAGCUCUGGGGUCAGCCAAGGCUUGCCUGACAGACAGUAGGACUCAGAAGGAGAAAGAAUUUGCUGAAAACACCGAAAACUUGAAAACCAAAAUGUCAGAAUUAAGACUCUACUGUGACCUCCUUGUUCAGCAAGUAGAUAAAACAAAAGAAGUGACCACAACUGGUGUCUCUAAUUCUGAGGAGGGAAUCGAUGUGGGUACUCUGCUGAAAUCAACUUGUAAUACUUUUCUAAAGACUUUGGAAGAGUGCAUGCAGAUUGCCAAUGCAGCCUUCACCUCUGACCUGCUUUAUCGCACUCCCCCAGGAUCACCACAGCUGGCUAUGGUCAAGUCAAGCAAAAUGAAACAUCCUGUUGUACCAAUACACAAUUCACUAGAAAGGCAAAUGGAGAUGAACAGUUGUGAAAAUGGAUCUUUAAAUUUGGAAAUAAAUGGUGAUGAAGAAGUCCUAAUGAAAAACAAGAGCCCUUUAUAUUUGAAAUCUGCAGAAAUAGACUGUAGCAUAUCAAGUGAAGAAAAUACAGAGGAAAAUAUAACAGUUCAAAGUGAAAUAAUGAAGGAAGAUGGAGAAGAAAACUUGAGAAAUCAUGAGAGCAACUUGGCAAGGCAUACAUCAAACUCUUCAAAUUGCCCUCCAGAAUCCCUCUGGGAAGAGGGAAAAGAAGUCAUCCCAACUUUCUUCAGUACUAUGAACACCAGCUUUAGUGACAUUGAACUUCUGGAAGACAGUGGCAUUCCCACAGAAGCUUUUUUGGCAUCAUGUUAUGCUGUGGUUCCAGUAUUAGAUAAACUUGGCCCUACAGUGUUUGCUCCUGUAAAAAUGGAUCUUGUUGGAAAUAUUAAGAAAGUAAAUCAGAAGUAUAUAACCAACAAGGAAGAGUUUACUACCCUCCAGAAAAUAGUGCUGCAUGAAGUGGAGGCGGAUGUAGCUCAGGUUAGGAACUCAGCUACUGAAGCCCUCUUGUGGCUGAAGAGAGGUCUCAAAUUUUUAAAAGGAUUUUUGACAGAAGUGAAAAAUGGUGAAAAGGAUAUCCAGACAGCCCUGAAUAAUGCAUAUGGAAAAACAUUACGGCAACACCAUGGUUGGGUAGUUCGUGGGGUUUUUGCGUUAGCCCUGAGGGCAGCUCCAUCCUAUGAAGAUUUUGUGGCCGCAUUAACCAUAAAGGAAGGUGACCACCACAAGGAAGCUUUCAGCAUUGGGAUGCAAAGGGACCUUAGCCUUUAUCUUCCUGCGAUGGAAAAGCAGCUGGCCAUACUGGACACUUUAUAUGAAGUCCACGGGCUGGAGUCUGACGAGGUGGUGUGACAGCUACAGGGCAGCACCUCCUAACUUCAGGGAAUAAAGUUUGCUAAAGUAUUGUGUUGCCCUACUUAAUUUUCAGCAAUGGCUUCAACUCUUUCCAACCCCUUUCCUUGGGGGAAUGGAAAGAAGAGGCAAAACCUAAUGCUUUUAUAUAUAAUUUUGUAAAAUAUGUAUGUGUUUUAUGUGAUUAAAAAUCAAGGUGCUAAAUAUUUCAGUUCAAUGGGCCUACUGGAAACCAAAUCAUAGUUGUUAAAGACUUGAACAGCAAGUAAUAAGAGCAGAUUUGACAAAUAGAUUUCUUCGUAUUGUGUUUUAUAUUGUUUUGUUUUAGUUUUAAUGGGGCAUCAAAACCUAAGCUGCAAAUGAGCAAUUCUCUAUCAAGGACUAAAAUUCAUAACCUGUGUUAAACCAUCUUAGAGUUUGAAUACUUGGAGUGUAAGCUCCUCUGUGAAGCAGUGGUAAUGUCACUUACUGUUCCUAUACAUUCUCCAGUGGAUCAUCCUCUCUGUGGCUCUCAGUGAGAAAACCUGUGUAGAGAAGAGGUUUGGGCAUUGGUGUGACCAUGCAGUUGUGGGAAGAUAUGGACAAGGACUGCCAUCCCUCUUCACAGGUGAGCCCUUCUGUGGCUCAAGAUGGGAGAUGUGCCCUGAUCUCACACUGGAGGACAUGUUGGGAGAGGUGGGACAGGUCAUUUGAGGUGACACCUAUCUUGUGCCCACCUUGUGCCACAUUUCCCAGGCAUUAUCUCAAUCGGACCUCACAAGAAAACCAUGACAUUCAAGGAGAUUCUUACCUAACUUCCAAAGUGAUACCUAGAGGUGGAAAGAUCUCCUUACGCUCAUGUAAUCUCUUAAUUAGAGGAGCCAAGUGAUUUCCAAGUAUAAUCUGGACCAUAUUUGUAUUGAAGUCACAUGGAAUCACAUGCUCAUUCAAAGACUGGAUUCCCAAGAUUUGUUUAAAGAACCUAAUCUGGGAGUGGGACACAGGAAUCUACAUUUAGAUGAACUUCCUAAAUGAUUCUUACACACACAAGGUAAAAGAAUUACUUGAUUAUAUUCAAGUUUUCAGAAUUCCAGAGUCUUCUUGAAGAACCAAAUGAUAUGUCCUUUUUUCAAACAGGAGAAGUCCAUCUUUUUUUUUUUUUAAUCGGUACCAGGGAUCUAACUCACCACCGCAUGCUUGCAAGGCAGGCGCUUAGGCCGCUGAGCUAAAUCCUCAGCCCUGAGAAGUCCAUCAUUUUAAGAAAAGUAAUUCCGUGGAGAGCAAAAAGUGGAGCAAGUUUACUCAACAGUAUGCUUCAUCAAGCCAGCAUCAGCACCCAGCCAACAGGUCUGGGCACAGUAUUCGGGGCCACAGCUCUGAAUCCUCCUCUGAUCAGUCAUGGCUUCAAGACCAAGACCAAAAGUGCAGAGCAAUCUAAAGGCAGCUGUGUGUCAAUCUCCGAAGCUUUCAGGGUUAUAGAUGGGACUCACAUAUUUUAUGAAACACCUUGGGAGGACAUUCUUCUGCCAAGUAUGAUGCCCAUACUAUGGCCCUUGUCUCCCAGUGGUGAGCCCAGCAGCCACAGUAUGUAUAGUGGAGAUGCCGUGAGUGCCUUUCUCUUUAGAGGCCACUUCCCUCUGGUAACAGGAAGGAGAAGUCUAGUAUAAAGUAGUUCCUGUGGAAGAAUGUGAGUUCCUUUGAGGGACACAGGUGAAUCAACAGCAGUGGAUGAUGCUGCAGAUCCAUAGGGCAAGAGAAUUCUCUGCUUAGCAGAGUGUUUCAUGGAGGAAUGCCUGUCUCUUUAAACAGGCAUUUAGCCAAUAAUAAUAAAUAAAUUGAGCUAAGCAAGGUGGUACACACAUGUAGCCCCAGAUUCUGUGGCAGUUAAAGCAAGAGAAUCUCUUAGUCCAGGAAUUCAAGACCAGCCUGGACCAUGGAGUGAGGUGUUGCUCCCUAAAAUUAAAACAUAAAGUUUUUUUUUUUAAAUAAAUAAAGCAUGUUCUUAACCUACAAAAGAACUUCUGGAAAAUACUUAAACUUAGAAAAGCAGGGGCCAGGGAUAUAGCUCAGUGGCAUAGCACCUGCCUAGCAAGCAAGAAGUCAUAAGUUUGAUUCCUGGUACCCCCCCCCAAAAGAAAGAAAAUAGAAAAGCAAUAUCUCAUGUUUUAAGAUUAGAGAAGAAAAGGAAAUAAAGUGAUUUUGUGUAGCCCAGGCUGGCCUCGAACUCUUGGUGAUCUCCUGCCUCAGCCUCCUGAGUGCUUGGAUACUAGGCAUGCCCUGCCAGGUCCAGCUUAGGUGUCCUCUACCGUGUAUGAAGGUGAAGGUAGGACUAGGGGAUAAUUUAGACUUUUGCCCAUAACAUCCCCUCAGACGGGAAAAAGAAAAGGCAGUCAGUCUUUGCUUAUACUGUGAGUGAAGGGGAUUUAGUCGCUGUGCUCUUACAGGGAUGCUAGAGGAAGUUGGUGGUGGGCAGCUGACUGUUCUAAGCAACUGCUGGUGCUCCUGGCCACCUCAGGUGAGCUCUUGUCUUUGGAGAGGAGCUGGGCAUUCUGAAAACACCUCAAGUUUGCUGUCAAGGCUCUGAAUGCACACAAAAGGACAGCUGUCCUGCAUGGCCAUUUUACGUUUUUACAAGUACCACCUAGUACCGCCUACAUGUUUAUGGCUUGACUUAUGAAGGAUGAGUUUAGUGUUGUCCAAACAGAGUAAUUUGAAUAACUUGAAUAAGUUGCAUUCUCCAAUAGCCCUUUUUCCAGCUCUACAGGAAGAGGAUAAUGUUUUUCAGUAGAUACUUUCCUCACCAGGGAAUGUUUGCUUAAGAUGUAUAAAACUGAGGAUCCUUUAAAAAUAGCUAGAAAUUGAACAUAAUACUAAACAAUAAAUUCAUCUUGAUCUGAAUCUUGGCACAGAGAGAGCAUCCUCCAGGAUCUGCAGUAUUUGUUUCUUCCUUUAAAUUCAUUUGUGCUGAUGAGCAAUGACUUUCUAAGAAGUGGGCAAUGGGAUAAAAUGCUUCAAGCCCUCUUCUGUAGCUCCCCAAGAGCUCUGGGAUACUUGAGCUUUCCUUUACAUGACACUGGGGAAAAAAAAUUCUAGUAUAUUUUUUGCUUUCAUUGCUUGAAACAGCUGUAGAAUGUGUUUUCUUGCAUAACUAUUAGAAGAAAAGGGAGGGAUGUUUUGCUGUGUGUUGGCAGAAGUGAGGAAGCGGCAUCAGCCCUUAAGAGAGCUUCAGGGCAGAACCAGGGUUCCUGUUGGUAGCUCUAGGGCAGGGAAGGCCAAGACUAGAUGGUGGUGCCUGGCAGAGGUGAUCUGUUACCAGGUGAGUGCUUUGAGAAGUUUGUGCUUUGCUUUUUUUGGUUCUUCCAUAUACAUCUCUAAAAAGUUAAUGCCUUGAACUUUAUAGAAAAAUAUGUGGUAGGGACUAAUCAGUACAUUUUAUUAAAUUUGAAAGGAAAAGAACUAAAGAAAAUUUUAAUGAAAGAAAUAAUCUGAUUAUAAAAAUCAUACAUAUAAAGAAAUACCAGCUAAAGCAAUAGAGGCAGAGGGUCAUGAACAAUAGAAGACGAUAAUGGGGCAUUUUGAAAACUUGUUUUUCCUACUAAAUUACCAUAUCCUGCGGAACUUGGUUACAUAAUGGUGCAUUUCUGAAACACCAAAUAAAACCAAUUGCUUCUGAUUUUAGUCAUGGGUUUACAACAGUUCAGCUCACCAACCCUCAUGUUUUGUUUCUUUUUUUAAAGGUUAACUGCAAGUUUUUUUAAAUUUAAAAUUUUUAGAGGAUGAAUUUAUAAGUAUUUAUGAAGCCAGUGUUCUGUUAGCUGAGCUAAUGUGUUGGUCAUGAGGGCCUGACUUCAGAUGUUUCAUGACAUCACACAGUCUCUGCACAUGCUUCAGUGUGCUCUGUUCCUGCAAGAUGUGUGUCAAAUGCUUUAUUUGAAAAUAACAUUCUAUGUCUCUAUGACCCUUUGUAACCUGCAAUUGCUUACUCAGGGGUUUCACAGUCACGACAUGAAAAUACUUAAUUGCUGUCUAAUGGUAUUUUAAGAUAUAAUCUAUUACAGGUCAUUUCAAUAAUUUCAUAAACAUAUCAUUCACUAGGCCUUCCUAUGAAUGUUCCUAGCUCCUGCCUUGCUUCAAUCAACAGUCUUGUGGACAGUGACCAUUUUCAUGAUUUCUUGUCGCACUGCUGCAUUCAGGCAUUCUAGGGCACGAUGGAAUGGUCAUUGAUGAUGUCUCUCUGGUACAGUUGAUGCAUGCAUUGAUCUCUCUCCUCUGUUUUUAAAAUAAGCUUAAUUUUAAAAAAAAAAAAAGCAUACCACUACUGUGCUGUGCAAAAAUUAUCAUGGUUCUUCAGUCACCUUUAUGAAUCACUUCUUUUCAGAUGGAAGAUGCUUUCAGCUAGGUUAUGUAAGAACGUAAGAAUGACAAGCCUUGUUUUAAAUGUUUUCAUAUAUUUUAAAGUGUGAUCAGCAUUUCUUGCAUGCACCCUACAAGCAGACACCACCCUGGGUAAUCGGUAGCCCUCGCAAAGCUGAUCUCUUCCACAGACUCCUGUGUGUGUGUAUGUUCACAGAUGUAUAAGGAGUUAGCGAUGGUAGAAGGCAAAUGAGCCAGUUUCAUGGCAUUUUUAAUGUAUGAGUCUCAUGUGUCCUGAGAAUUUCACUAGAAUGUCAUUAAACAGCCCAACUACCUCAUGUGAAACUGGCUGUGGACAAUCUGUGUUAGAUGAAAAAUGUGCUCAGAUACAUUUAUUCUGCCUGAUAGAUUGAACAGAGUGAUGUCUGUAUAAAGAAGGAAUAUGUUAGACCAAAUGCCAAAGGCUAAAAUGUACAUACAUUUCCUUGAAUUAGUUUUUAAGUCAGUGUUUAAUUCCGCACCCAGGAUUCUUAUGAAUGUUUGUGGUUUUAUAGAUCCAUGCACUUUGAAUAUCUGUCACAUGCAAUGUGUUACCUGUUUUAGUCCCUCAGCAUUUUGAAUGAGUAUCAUAAUGCCAGUAGAAACCAAGAUAAACUACAAAUGUUAAAUGACUUAAUGACUUUUUAAUUUAAUAGACCUUUACUUAGAAUAUAAUGUAAUGGAGACUUUUAGUACCAACCAAUGAACGAUAAUUUCAUGUUUAGGUUUGUACUGUUUUUCUGUCCUAAUUAUUCUGUAUGUCAUGGGGAGGGUUUUACUUUUUUUGGAAAAUGUUUGAAAACAUGUCAGAUUUUAUAUUCGUUAGUUAUAAUAAACUUAUUUUUAAAGUAA